AUGAACGCACUGAAAAGGGCUCGUGAGGAUGAGGAAAUCUCAGACUAUGGGCCAAGAAAGCGAAAGCGAGCUCUUUCUGGAGCAUCGCAGGGUCCCGUUGAACUGAAUGAGGAAGAACAACUCCUCCUGAGGUUGAAGGAGGAGGAAAACCUGCCUUGGAAAGACAUUGCUGUGCGGUUCCAAACAGAUUUGGGGAAGUCGUAUCAGGUCCCAGCACUGCAAAUGCGAUUCAAAAGGUUAAGGGAACGCAUGAGGACAUGGACAGAUACAGAUGUUCAAGCUCUGGAGCAAGCCUACGACUACUGGGAGAAAUUCCAAUUUGACAUCAUUGCAGCAAAGGGCACCUUACGGCGCACACUCCAACUACCUCAGAGAUCCGUGGGAAACUACAGUUACAGCCAGCCCCGUAGGAUCCACACACUCGAUCGGACACCUGAGCCCAAGGGCAACACUAUGAGAUUAUACGAACAUCACAGGUGA